AUGAAUUUUGAAAAAUCCGAAGAAAAAAGUCCUAUUAUUACAAAAGAUGAAUUAACACCAAUAACUAAAAAAGAGUUAACAGGAUGGUAUAUUCUUUGUGCAGCAAACGGGAUUUAUGGUGGUGCACCGAUAGGAGUGCUUAUUCCUUUAUUCCUGGAAAGUAUUGCUGGUCAGGCUGGAUACGAACUUGAUCAAGUAACUCCAUGCAACACGGCAAUUGCCAAUUAUAAUUGUGUUGUACGUUUUGGCACAGGUUUUAUCAGUACUGAAUCAUACUCAUUAUACAUAAUUUCAAUAUCAGUAAUCGUACAAACAGUCUUGUUCAUUAGUUGUGGUUCUUUAGCCGAUCAUGGAAGUUCCAUUUCAACGAUUUUGUUUGUAACUAUUACUAGUCCUCGGGCUUAUAUCCCACCAUUUGCUCGAAGUCAUCCAAAAGUUAUAGAAGCAAGACUUUCAAAUGAGCCUAUCAGUGAAAUUAAAAAGUUGGAAGACAAAAUGACUGUUGAUUUAUCAUCACAUUCAUUGGUUGCAGCAAUUUUUGCUUGUAUGUUAGUAAUGUUUUCAGCGGGUGCAAUUCUUAUAUUGACAAGAGGUUCGUCGUAUGGCACUCAGGUGGCGUUAGCAUUUUCAGGAGCUUGUUGGCUGAUUUUAUUAAUAUUUCCAGUAAUAUGGUUAACUAAUAGGCCAAAACCUCCUUUACAAGAUAUAUUACCAUUAUAUGUGUUAUUGGGUUAUUGGUUACCAAUCGGAUUAAAUAACAGAUGGGAGAUUUGGCUGUACUUGGUAUGGUUCGGAAUUUCUAUUGGGACAAUAUCUAAUUAUUGCCGAGCCCUCUUUUCUCUUAUGGUACCUAUGGGACAUGAAAAUGAAUUUUUUUCUUUGUUUCAGAUAACAGCAAAGGGUUCGAGUUGGAUAGGAACCAUUGCAUCGGGAAUUAUUGUAAAUAUUACUUAUGAUACAAGGAGUCCUUUUUGGUUUUUACUCGUAAUAAUUGCCCUCCCUGCUAUAAUAUUUUGCACAGUUAAUGUUGAGAAGGGUAAGGAGGAUGCCGAAAAGUAUUCCAAUAGAGAAAAGAAAGUUGAUAAUUAUUAA